UUUUAUUUUGGAGCGGUCCCGGAAGUGCCGGGUAAUGUCCGCCUCUGAGCUCCACCUCAGCUGUUUGUUUGAACUGCAGCAGUUUGUGGAGACAGAGAUGUUCAGUGCUGUGGCUGCGUUAUUAACACUUUAUAAAGCUUCACAACGGCAAUAGACCUUCAUACCGACCGGGACAGGCAUGGCGGGGGAGAGUGUGAGUGUGGUGUUUAAGCUGUACUGCCUGUGUGUGAUGACGCUGGUUGCCGCUGCCUACACGGUGAUGUUGCGUUACACUCGCACAGUGCAGUCGGAGCUUUACUUCUCCACCACCGCCGUUUGUCUCGCAGAGAUCAUCAAACUACUCGUCAGCUUAGGGAUGCUCACUCGUGAGUCCCAGGGCUUGAGCAGGUGUAAGGAUGUGCUCAUCGAGCAGGUGUUUAAACCUGUGGAGUUGUUGAAGCUCAGCGUGCCGUCUGUAGUUUAUGCCCUGCAGAACAACAUGGCCUUCGUCGCUCUAAGUAACUUGGACGCUGCUGUCUUUCAGGUGACGUAUCAGCUGAAGAUCCCGUGUACGGCUCUGUGCACCGUGCUCAUGCUGAACCGCUCUCUGAGCCGCAUGCAGUGGUUCUCCAUCUUCAUGCUGUGUGUGGGGGUCACCCUGGUUCAGUGGAAACCUGCUGAGCUCACUAAGGUCCAGGUGGAACAGAAGCCCAUCAUCGGCUUUGUGGCCAUCACCGUCGCAGUUCUCUGCUCUGGAUUUGCAGGUGUGUACUUUGAGAAGGUGUUGAAGAGCUCGGAGACGUCUCUGUGGGUGAGGAAUAUUCAGAUGUACCUGUCCGGGAUCGCCAUCACUCUGCUGGGCGUGUACAUGACGGACGGAGCGCAGGUGAUGGAGAAAGGGUUCUUCUACGGCUACACACCGUGGGUCUGCGUUGUCGUCUUUUUAGCCAGUGUCGGCGGUCUCUACACGUCUGUGGUGGUGAAAUACACAGAUAACAUUAUGAAGGGCUUCUCUGCGGCGGCAGCCAUCGUCCUCUCGACCAUCGCCUCCGUCGUGCUGUUCGGCCUGCAGAUCACCGUGACGUUCUUCAGCGGCGCGCUGCUCGUCUGCGUCUCCAUUUACCUGUACGGUUUACCCAGACAGGACACCAGCACGCUAACCAAAGCGAGUAACGCUAGCAAAGAGAAGCUAAUCAACGUGUGAGGAUGAAGACACGCUCCACACAUCUGUCUCUUUGAAACUAGUUCCAUCACGCCUCUGGAGGUGGAGCCUAGCCUGGACAGAAAAAAGGGGGCGGGGCCAGCAGGAAUCUGGAUGACACCAGGACCUGUGAAAAUUGUCAAUUAUUAUUUCCUUAAUGGGGUUCAAAUGGUCGUCACUUUCUUUUUCCCUUCACCUCCUGUUCCCUCCAGCCUGGGAAGUGCACUCGGGCCGUUCCCUAUCCCCUACAGGCUCGCACACUAACCUGCCGCAGUGACCCGUGCAGUGUGAGAGAUGGGCUGGAUUUUCUGUAAUGCUUUCAGAUCUGAUUUUAUUAAAAAGGUCGUCAGUUACACCUUAUAUGGUUGUGCCUAAUUUACAUAUGACCAUAUAAGGAUUACCUGACUUACAUGUUUCAUCAGUUUUUAUCGCGGUGCAUUUAGAACUUUAUGGAGGAAUAAAAUAAAUGGUGUUUGGACGUCAGUAAUAAA